AUGAGUUUUAAAUGUCAUUAUGAUAAUGAUGAUGAUGAUGAUGGUUAUAUUAACAAUAGCAAUAAUAAUAAUGAUAAUAAUAGUAGUGAUGAGUUGGCGGCGAUGAUGACAAUUGAUGACAACAAUGAUAAACCGAUUUGGUCAGUCGGCCGAUCGGACCGGUCGGUGGGUUGGUCGGUCGGCUUGGAAUCAAUAUGGUUUUUGGAACAAAGAAGCUGCAAUCAUUGGGACAAUACGAUUUGUCACACCUCACUCUCUCCGUCAUCCUCCAUUUCUCCUUUAACUAUGGAUGGUCUUGAAACACAAAAGAAUUUU